UCCUCUACUAUUCACUCGAAAUGGCGUCCAUGAUUCCUGUAUUUCUCGUACUAGUCGUCGCUGCUGCGCUUAUGACAGCCUCAGCGCUCUUCGUGCCCAAAGGACCAAAUCAAAUCGUUAUACGGACAGGUCUGAUGCUCGCACUUGCAGCCUGUUAUCUUAUGUGGAUGGUAACCUACAUGGCCCAGCUGCAUCCCUUGAUUGCUCCCGUGGUGUCAGCAGGUUCGGAAGAGUAACCUUUAUUUCUGGUGGACUUCUAUUGCUUUCU